AUGGACGAAAAGAAAGCAUGCGAUGUACCUGGCAUCGAGUUAGUAUCAGGCACCAUCAGCUUGCCAUCACCUGACACUAAUACGCUUGAUGAGCCCGUUUCUACUACAAUUCUUCGUGACUUACGUCUCGUGGGAGGCAAGCUACGUGUUGUUCUGAUGCCCAGUAAUACGUCGGAAGAGACGCUUAAAGCACUACGAGACUGGGAUUUAUGGGGUCCGCUGCUGCUAUGUCUAACGCUCUCCAUCAUGUUAAGUAUUACGGCUCCGGUAUCGCAGUCGGCCAUGGUAUUUACAGGAGUCUUUAUUGUGGUUUGGGUCGGUGCCGCCGUCGUAACUAUCAACGCACAGCUGUUGGGUAGUGCCAUAUCAUUCUUUCAAAGUGUUUGUGUAUUGGGAUACUGCGUCUUUCCUUUGAAUAUUGCCACAUUGAUGUGUAUGUUGACCAAAGUUGUGGUUCCGCACAUCUUAUUGCGAAUGGUCAUUGUCAGUAUUGGAUUUCUUUGGUCAACACGAGCGUCAGUUGUAUUCAUGUCGAAGUUGGUACCUCCAAAGCGCAAGGCGCUAACAGUAUACCCUGUGUUACUAUUUUACUUGUUGAUCAGCUGGAUGGUCCUUAUCCAAUAA